UCGGUCUAUGCAGUGGAACCUCGCACCGGCCAGUCCUUUGAGUCUUUACCCAACCAGUCUUUGCAUGGCUUCUCCCAAGGCAGCCGUUGCUUCUCGCACUCGGCUACCUCAUGGAAGCCCCAUGCUACAAAUGUGAUGAUGCCAAACGAAACCGUGAUGAACAGGACCAGGAUGACUACAAGGAGAGUUCUGCAGCAAGCAGAGGAUCGCGUGUCGCGGGCGCGGAGUGUGUGGUGAUGGUGAUGGUGGACUUCGACAGUUCCAUAGCCGCCGGGAUAGGCUGGCGGGUUUGCAUCGACUACAAUAGUUUCGUGACGCUGUUAUUGUUAGUGCGAAAGGCGGACAGGAGACGAAGAUCACUAACAGCCAUGUUGCGUGGAGAAUGGAAGGCGUGUACCGGUCGUGUAGGGGCGGCGACGAACUUCAGCAAGCGCUGUCCGCGUCACUCGAAGUCUCGAACCCACUACUGGCACCGCGCCGCGCUCGUGACCUUGCCUAACACCAUGAAGUACUCAACCUCAACGCUCACUGCCACGUUCUUCUCAUCAUUCGAAUAAAGAUCUUUCCAAUGGCCAGCAAUACUAUCAGGUCGCACCGUACCUGAUCCGUCACGCGUGCGGCGCCUACAGUGGUCACACGUCCUGCCCUUAGGUAUCGCCUCACCUGCAGUCCUCCGCCGAGGAAACUCUGCCAGCAGCAUGGCACCAGCACAGCACCUGUGCGAUAGUCCCUGCUUACAUAACGGC